UCCCAAGGGUUCAGCGUUGAGGUUUUGUUUUGUCCCGGUGCAGGUGUGGCUGGUGUGGACGGACAAGACCAACGAGAGACAAGAGAAAGGAAUCAGACAGCUGGCUCAGGAGGCCCGGCAGGGCAACGCCCACGAUGAAAACGUCCUCACGUACUAUAGGUACCAGCUGAAGCUCUUUGCCCGGAUGUGUCUGGACCGCCAGUACCUGGCCAUCGAUGAGAUCUCCAAGCAGCUGGACGUGGACCUGAUCUUCCUGUGCAUGAUGGACGAGACGCUGCCCUUCGACCUGCGCGCGUCCUUCUGCCGCCUCAUGCUGCACGCGCACGUGGACCGGGACCCCCAGGAGCUGGUCACGCCCGUCAAGUUUGCCCGGCUGUGGACCGAGAUCCCCCCCGCCAUCUCCAUCAAAGACUACGACUCCAACAUGGACGACAGCCGGGACAACAAGAAGAACCGGUUCUCCAGCACCAUGGGCUUCAUGGAGGAGUACCUGAACAACGUGCUGCACGAGGACCUGCCCUUCCUCAACCAAGAGAAGAACAAGCUCACCUUCGAGGUGGUGAGCCUGGCGAGACAUCUCAUCUACUUCGGCUUCUACAGCUUCUUCGAGCUGCUGCGUCUCACGCGGACGCUGCUGGGAAUCAUCGACUGUCGCCCGAACCCCGGGGACGCCGGCGUCCUGUUCCCCGAGGACGGCCCAGGCAAGAACGUGAAGCGGUCCAUCCACGGCAUGGGACAGAUGAUGUCCACCAUGGUCCUCAGCAGGAAGCAGUCCCUGUUCGGGGGGGGCGAGGCCCGGGGGGAGGGGGGGGGGCUCGCCCUGGACGGGCCCCGAGGGAGCAAGGACAGCAUCGACAAGAUGGACCUGACGGUGAUGGACACCAAGCUGAAGAUACUGGAGAUACUGCAGUUCAUCCUGAACGUGCGUCUGGAUUACCGGAUCUCCUUCCUGCUCUCCGUCUUCAAGAAGGAGUUCGUGGACGUUUACCCGAUGGGGGACGCAGACGCCACCACCAACCUGGAGACAGCAG